CCUGUCGUCUGCCGUUGGAUCGCAGUAGCGAAACGAUCGGCCGUUUGGAAAGGGCAGGCGAUCGCUUCCAUCAACCUUUGCCAACACCGCAUCGUCGCGGUAUGUCGGCUCUGAAGCCCCUCCAGUACGUCGCGACCAGGCCGAGGUCAUCGAUCAACAAGCGGACAUCGUCGAUGCCCACGAGGAGGAAUUACGGGCCUCAGUUGCAGGGCGUUAUGACGGUCGUCGGGCGAUCGGCGUUGUCGAAAGAGUUGAUGGCUUCCUACAAGCACACGAAACGGCUCGGACCCUAUCUCCUCGGCCCGACCAUCGGCGAGGGAAGCUUCGCGAAAGUGAAAGAGGCGAUGCACGUUCUCGUUGGCGAAAAGGUUGCCAUCAAGAUAAUUGACAAGAAAGCCGCGAGGGAGGACGCCUACCUCCACAAGACGCUCCGUAGAGAGGCGGGGCUUCUCCAACUUCUUGGCCACACCCACAUCGUUCGCCUUCUCGAAGUCAUGGAAACGGACAACAACCUUUACCUGGUACUGGAGCUGUGCGGGGGCGGGCCCCUGCUGGAUAGGGUGUGUGAGAAGGGCGGAUUGGAAGAGGGCGUGGCCAGACGGUACAUCAAACAGGUGGCUUCGGCCGUGUACCACAUGCAUCAAAUGGGCGUGGUACAUAGGUAACAUGAUUUUGAUACGUUUUGUAAAAUAAAGUAAGUGGCG